AUGAAGGUGAUGAAGGGCAUCAGGAACGAGAGAAUGAAAAUGGCGCAGACGCAUGGAUUGCCAACAUUAUUUACACUUUCACCCACUAAUCCUUCCAAUAUACACCUCAAUUCUCACUCAAAUUCUGUACGAGUGCGUACUUCAAAAAUUAGGGCAGAUAUCUCACUCGAAGUCGAAGAACACCCUUUUCCUUUUCCCCCAAACGCCAUGCGAAGGAAGCUUGAUUCCAGGUGGUUGGGUGGAUUCAGUCUAGGAAUUGAUCUUGGGUUGUCUCGUACCGGUCUUGCCAUAAGCAAAUGA